ACGGAGCCGUCGGUCACGGGGAGCGCCCUGCUCCAGCAGAGACGCGCCGCUGCUGCUCCUCUCCUCCGUUUUAGUGCGUCGAGCGGCGGAGGGAAGCGGAGUGUGCGCGUCUAGUUGUGUCCUAACAGCGGCGGAGCGCUUCUUCCUCCUCCAGAGCCGCUGGCAUCCCGUGGGCAGCAGCCGUGCACGCCUCGGACCGCGGCGGCAGGAGAGGACAGCGCGCUUCAUCAUCUUCUUCUUUUGUAAAACCUCCUCCUUCUUCUCCUUUCUCAUUUUGACUCUCUGAGGCUUAAAUAUUCCGCUCGUCCCUGAUGGUAACCAACACUGCGCGGCCGGAGACAUGUGGACUGAUCCGGGGAAACUGCGCCGCUUCUCGCUAGUGUGUCUCCUCCUGACGCUGUGGGCCGAGGUGUCUCGGUCCACCGGAUACUUCGAGCUGCAGCUGAUCUCGGUGGAGAACCCGAACGGGCAGCUGCUGAACGGGGACUGCUGCGACGCGGAGAGGAGCGCGGCGGAGGGCCACUGCGGCGCGGACGAGUGCGACACCUACUUCAGAGUGUGUUUAAAGGAAUACCAAACGGAGGUCACGACCAGCGGACCGUGCACAUACGGCUCGGAAACUACUAAGGUUAUCGGUGGGAAUACUUUUCAGUUCAAGGGCGGCCAGAAAACCGGACAGAACCGGAACAACGACGCCGGGAAGAUCACCAUCCCCUUCCAGUUCGCGUGGCCGAGAGCGUACACGGUGAUAGUGGAGGCCUGGGACCGAGACAACGGCACCCACAGCAAUGAUGACGAGCUGCUGAUCGAGCGCAGCAUCUAUAAAGGGAUGAUCAACCCCGGGGAGGACAAGCAGCCGGUGGAGUAUAAGAGCUCCGUGGCCAGCAUCGAGUACACCAUCCGGGUUCGCUGUGACGAGCAUUACUACGGCAGCAAGUGCAACAAAGUGUGUCGGCCGCGAGACGACUACUUCGGACAUUAUGUGUGCGACCAGUUUGGAAACAGAGACUGUAUGGAGGGUUGGACGGGACCGGACUGUAAGACGGCCAUCUGCAAGCAGGGAUGCAGCCCGUGGCAUGGGACGUGCAGCUCGCCGGGGGAAUGCAAGUGUAACUACGGCUGGCAGGGUCCGCUGUGUGACGAGUGUUUGCCGUAUCCCGGUUGUGUUCAUGGAACCUGUACUGAACCCUGGCAGUGCAGCUGUGAGAAGAACUGGGGGGGUCUGCUCUGUGAUAAAGAUCUGAACUACUGUGGAACCAACCGGCCCUGUAAGAACGGAGGAACCUGCAUGAACACCGAACCCGACGAAUACAACUGUGCCUGUCCAGACGGAUACUCGGGGAAGAACUGUGAGAUCGCCGAACACGCCUGUGUUUCCAACCCCUGCGCCAACGGAGGAACCUGCCACGAAGUUCCUUCUGGGUUUGAAUGUCACUGUCCGGCUGGUUGGUCCGGACCGACCUGCGCUAAAGACACCGAUGAAUGCGCCUCCAGCCCCUGCGCUCAGGGAGGAACCUGCAUCGACAUGGAGAACGGCUUCGAGUGCCUCUGUCCUCCUCAGUGGACGGGAAAGACCUGCCAGAUCGACGUUAAUGAGUGUGCGGGGAAGCCUUGCCUCAAUGCUUACGCUUGCAAAAACUUGAUUGGUGGAUAUCACUGUGCCUGCUUUCGUGGAUGGGUGGGCCAGAACUGUGACGUCAAUAUGAACAGCUGCCACGGACAGUGUCAGAACGGAGGAACCUGCAAGGAGGUCUCCAGAGGAUACCAGUGCGUCUGCCAGCCCGGCUUCGUGGGUCGACACUGCGAGGUCCAGAGGAACCGAUGCAGCAGCAGCCCCUGUAAGAACGGAGGCCGAUGCCACGCAGUGCUGGACGGGUUCAUGUGUGAAUGUCUGCAGGGCUUCACCGGGAACACCUGCGAGGUGCAGAACGACCCGUGCAGCCCGAACCCGUGUCAGAACAAGGCCCAGUGCCACGGCCGGUCUGGAGAUUUCUACUGCAGCUGUCCAGACGACUACGAAGGUAAAACCUGCUCUGAGCUGAAGGACCACUGCAAGACCAACCGCUGCCAAGUGAUUGACAGCUGCACCGUUGCUGUGGCGACCAACGACACCCAGAGGAGGGUGUGGCACAUCUCGUCCAACGUCUGCGGACCUCACGGCCGCUGCAUCAGCCUCCCCGCCGGGAACUUCAGCUGCUCCUGCGAUCCAGGAUUCACCGGCACCUACUGCCACGAGAACAUUAAUGACUGUGCGUCAUCGCCCUGUAAGAACGGAGGAACCUGCAUCGACGGCAUCAACUCCUUCAAGUGCUUCUGCCCAGACGGCUGGAACGGCAGCUUGUGUGAUGUCGAUGUGAACGAGUGCAGCAGGGAUCCCUGUCAGAACGGAGGCCAGUGUGUCGACCUGCUCAACGACUUCUACUGCAACUGUGUGGACAACUGGAAGGGAAAGACCUGCCACUCACGUGAGAGCCAGUGUGACUCAACCACCUGCAGUAAUGGAGGAACCUGUUACGACCACGGAGACUCUUUUCUGUGCAGCUGCCCUUCAGGUUGGGGAGGAAGCACCUGCAACACCGCCAAGAACAGCACUUGUGACUCGGGUCCAUGUGAGAACGGAGGGACUUGUGUCGGAGGUGGAGAUACCUUCACUUGUAUCUGCAAGGACGGAUGGAAAGGACCAACCUGUGCACAGAAUGUUGACGACUGCAAUCCACAUCCCUGCUACAACGGCGGCCUCUGCGUGGACGGCGUCAACUGGUUUCGCUGUGAAUGCGCUCCGGGCUUCGCCGGGCCGGACUGUCGCAUCAAUAUCGAUGAGUGUCAGUCGUCUCCGUGUGCCGACGGUUCGACCUGCAUCGACGAGAUCAACGGAUAUCGAUGCGUUUGUCCUCCGGGACACACCGGAGCUCGAUGCCAGGACUUCAUCGGUCUGGGGAAGUCGUGUCGUCACGCCGGCCUCCAGUUUCCUCACGGCAGCCGGUGGGAGGAGGAGUGCAACAGCUGCCAGUGUGUCAACGGAAACGUCCGCUGCUCCAAGGUGAGGUGUGGUCGUCGGCCCUGCAUCCUCCCCAGAGCCCAGCCUCCUCCUCAGGACUCCAUCCCCCCGUCCUGCCCCGGAGGACACGAGUGCGUCGAGCAUCAGUUCCUCACCUGCUUCUCGCCGCCGUGCCGCCAGUGGGGCGUUUGUUCGACGCCCGACCCGCCGACGCCGCUGCACACCCAGUGUGAACCCAACAGCGGUUACCUUGACAACAGCUGCGCUCACAUCACGCUCAUCUUCAAGAAGGACAAAGUACCACAGGGCACCACGGUGGAGAACAUCUGCUCAGAGAUCCGGUAUCUUCCUGUAACUCGGACGCUGGCUGAAGAACGAGCUCUGCUGAUCCUCUGUGACCUGUCCUACUCCACCAGUGAUGCCGUGGAGGUCGCCAUGUCCUUCGAGCAGGACGGCCGGUCGAAGGACGGCGACUGUGGUCUGAUCCAGAAGGCGGCCGGCGCCAUCACCGGAGCUUUGUCCAAACGCCACAACAGCUCCGUCAUCCUGGCCGUGGUGGAGGUCAAGGUGGAGAUGCUGGUGGAGUGUCCUCCUGUCGGCUACCUGGUUCCGGUCCUGUGUGUCGUCUUCAGCGUCCUCUGGAUCUUCUGCAUCGUGGUUUGCGUCUGGUGGACCCGCAAGAGGAAGAAAGAGCGCGAGAGAGCGUCCCGGUCCGAGGAAACCACGGUGAACAACCAGCUGGAGCCUCUGCGGAGCAACAACAAGGACAACCGCGACAAAGACAUUCAGUACGAAUGCAAGAAACUGAUGAGCCCGUCGGACCGGAGCUGCGACGGGGCCGAGGGCGAGGAGGACGGCGAGUGCGAGGCGGAGGACGACCAGGAGAGGGCGCCGCAGAGGUGCUCGGGGGCAACGCCGCAGGACAGGGGCAUGCUGGGAAAAGGGGGCGUGGUCUGCACGACGCGCAGCGGCCCGGUGAAGGCGCCGCACCGGACGGCGUACAGCCCCAAAGACAACCGGUGUAAAAACCUGAACGCCGCCAAGCUGAGCGAGGACGUUAAAGACCACUACGUGUGAACGGACGGCGCCAGCUCUGAACCACAAGCACCAAAAAGUGAAGAUUACAGAUGCUUUAAUUUUCUAUUUUUUGUUCGUUAUUUAACGGAGGCUUUAUUUACCAAAAAAAAACAAAAACCCACCAAAAAAAGCAACAAAAAAACGUCACAGCAGCUUCUGGAUCUCUGGAUUUAAUCGUCACUGUUGGAAUCAAGAGGCAGUUUCUUUCUGGCUGAUUUUUCUUUCCUGUUUACAGACCUUUGCUUGGUGGACGCUAACGGCUGGCAGCUGUUCUCGUGGUUUCUACUGUGCGCUGAAUCCUCUCCUGUCGGCCUUAAGCCCUCGAACCCGCGGGCCUUUUCUACGCUGUCCUUUAUAUUUAACCAGCAAAACCACAAAAAAAAAAGUUUUCUACACGUUUCAGUCCUCGGACCGUCGGCUCAGAGGAUCCACCGUUUGACGCCCGGCAUGAGAACUCUUUUUGUUUACAUCCAUAAACAUCUUUUUUCCAUUUUGUGUUGAUUUCUCAGUAUUUGCUUUGGUAGAAAAGUGCCUUCAGCCCCUGUUUUCUCCUGUUUUUCAGACUCUAAAUACAUUUAAAAGGGAAAGAAGUCCGAUGAACAUCUCUUCACAUGGCAGUAAAAGCCUGUUUUCUUUGUACAUAUGUAUAUAUCAACAAAUGGCUGUGUAUAUUUGAGUUUAGUAACUUAAGUGACGCUUUGUAUCAUAGUUAUUCUAAAGAAUAAGAUUGUUUUUGUGUUUGUUUUUUUUAAUGAUGUCAUUCCGUUUAUUGGUGUCUGUUGACACGACGACAGGUUUUCUACAGAUUAUCGGACUGAAUCAUGAACAUCGGCUUAAAAAAGAUCAUGAUUGUUUGUCUUGAUGUGCUUUGAUUAUUUGUUUGGAGCUGCCUUUACAGCGUCAUUUUACAGGAGAAAUCUGAUUUUAGAGGGACUUUGGACUCCCCAAAUACCUGAUUCUGACUUCUAUUUCAGCAAAACUCACAACUAUUGACAUUUUUCAACCAUAUUUCUUCGUAAAUCCUUUCAGCACCCUAAAAUCCACUUACUUUACUUUACUUGAAACACUCAAAAAAACAUAAGAGUUCCACUACAAAGUGUGAAAUUUAUGUUUUAAAAGUCCUACAAAUGCAUCAAGAUGUGCUCACUCAUGUUUUAUCUCAGUUCUUGGAUAAAUGUUUUUUAUUUCUUGUUGUUUUUACACAUUUUACACCCUGUUAGCGUCCUGUUGAAGACCAGUAUACAGCUCAGUAAGACUAGAAAUCAGGUUUUUAAUCACAACACUCCACAGAAAUGAGGACUCGUUUGGUAAAACCAUUCAAAACUGCUUCAGUGCACUUUUUUCUCAGUUUAAAGUCGUGCAGUUUGGUCCAGUCUUUGGUUUUUGCUCAUUAAAAUCACUUAAAAUGACUUAUUUAAUGCUCCCCACAUUACGAACGCUGUUACUGGUGCCCUGGACCUUCCUUAUUUUACAUUUAAUUUUAGGAGUUUUAUCCAUGGCUGCUUGGCGACAUGAAAAUCUGGUCACAAAAUGGAACAUACGUCGACUUUUUCAAUCUAAUUGCACAAAAUCCUGAUUUUUCGACUCCUUUUUGGUUAAAUUUGAGACUCCAGUUGUUUAAAAACAACAGAUUUUGACAUUUUUCUGACGUUCUGGUGUUAAAUCUUGAAGCUGGGUCUGAUUUCUAAAUCUCUCUGGUCCAAACAGCUUCAAAGCAGCCUCGUCGUUGUCGUCGUCGUCGUCUCUUCAGUCUUGUUUUUCUCCAGUUUUGCGGUGUGUCGACGGCUGGCAGGGCAGCAGAGCGUUUAUUCAAACCUGAUUCAUCCACUGAAUCCACUGCAGACAGAUUAAAGGUGUGAAUGGAAACAGACGAGUGUGAAUCCUGAUGUUGUCGCCUCUCCCUGUGUGUCUAUUCUGGUCUAAUGAAGGGAACAAGUUGUGUUGUUGUUGUUGUUUUGUUGUGGAUGUUUCGGUCUGUUUCUGCACUAAGAUCACACAGGAAGAGGUCAAAAUAAAAACGUCACUGUUUGUGGAUGAUUUUUUUUCAAUAUUUUGUUGUUUUUUGUGUUCUUUUGUUAAUUAAUGCUGAUGCAAAUCAUUAAAAGCCCAAAAUUCAUUUUCUGUCAGUAAAUUUCGCCUCGUGUUCGUCCCGGCUGAGGGGCUGGAUGUGCAGAACGUUGUAAUUAUUUUGUACAAAAUUUGGUAAAAGUCUUGGUUUGUUAGUGGAAUUUUUGUUUGUUCUUAGAACAAUCCUAUUAUUUAUUAAAGUAUUUUAUACCAAACUUCA